GCGUUGGAAGUGUUGGAGGUUGGCGGUGGUGUGGUGGGAAGUGGCUGACUGCACCACGACAGUUCACAGUACGUCACCUCGACGAUCUAAUGGAAUUCUGAUUUUCGCUGACACGUCCGGUGAUCGAGUUUGUUCCGGCCGUGCUGUACGGUAUCUCUCGGAAUCCUGUUAUGGCGUAACGUGGAGAUCCGCGCGAGGAUGAACAGAACCGCGAGGCCCGCGGGCCCCCCCUGUAGGGGCGGCCUGUACGUCGUCGAGGGCGAGGUGUACCUCCUGGUGACGGCGAUGCGACGGGGCGUCCGGUGGUCGUCGCACUCUCACCAGGACGACGAUCAGGACACUCUCAUGAAGGGCCUGAGUACCCUGAAGGAGGUGUUAAACGAGCAUAGAGAUCUGUCCCAAUUGGAGCCCGCAGUUUUUCUCACUCCCUUUCUGGAAAUCAUAAGAUCUGAAGAAACUACGGGACCUGUCACUAGUCUAGCGCUGUCGGCUGUCAAUAAGAUAAUUUCUUAUGGUCUCGUUGAUUCCAAUCAUCCUGCCGUGGCAACUUGCGUGGAAGCCGUGGCGGAUGCUGUCACACACGCGAGGUUCGUGGGCGCCGACGCGUCCGGUGACGGGGUGGUUCUCAUGAGAGUCCUGCAAGUACUGAGAGCCCUCAUGCUGUCGCCCGCUGGCAAUUAUCUCUCCAACGAAAGCGUAUGCGAAAUUAUGCUGAGUUGCUUCAGGAUAUGUUUUGAGACGCGUCUCAGCGAAAUACUUAGAAAAACGGCGGAGCAUUGCCUGAGGGAUAUGGUUCAACACCUGUUCACCAGGUUACCUCAAUUUGUCGACGAUACGAGAGUCUUGCCGAAUAUGAAAAAAAUGAGAACAAACAGCAUUGAGAAUACUCGUAGCAAGAAUAGAAAACACAAAAGUUAUACGAAGCAAAAAUCCAAGUCUAUCACGGAUGACAUUGACGACAAGGAGCACAUUUCAAGUUCGGUUGACAAAAUACGAGCUGGUCACUUGGCCACCACACCCGUUUCGCCGGUCGGCAAUAUCGUUGACAUGCAGGGGUCGUUGAAUCAUGGAAGUGUUGAUAAAAACGAGGACGAGAAGAGUGAGGGCAAGAUUAAUAUUAACAAAGAUAUCACUAAAGAUGUAAAUGACUGUGUCAAAGCGGCGGAUAAUCAGGAGGCCAAUAAGAAGCAGGAAAUUGAUAAAGAUGGAAGCAACAAAGACAUUAAAAACGAGAUAGAAACGGUCGAGGCAAAUAGCGCAUCUGAAAAUACCAAUGUAGAAAAUAAAAUUGCAGCUACAACAGAAAAUAAGAGUGUAGAGAAGGAAGAUGCGGCUGAUCAGAAAAUCACCGAUGAGUCCGAAUCCUCCAUUAAACAGUCUAUCUCAGAAAAUCAAGGUGACGAAGAAAAAAGCAUCGAUUUAGCCCAAUCUCCGACUGGUAGCGUGGAAGACUUGUCAAUAGACGAGAACGUGUCUAGGGUGUCUAAAAUGAAAGAAGCUGAGCAAAUCGAGGAGUACGUGAAUAGCCAGGGUGUCCGAUUCAUUACGUUGCAACAGCGGGCGCCGUACGGCGCGUUGUGCGUCCGUGAAUUGUUCAGAUUUCUCAUCUCCCUGUGCAGUCCCCUCGACAAGCAGAACAAUGAAAUUAUGACACACCUGGGCCUUAGCUUGUUGCAAGUAGCGUUGGAGAUCGCCGCCGACGCUAUAUCUAAUUUCUCGUCCCUACUCGCGCUCGCCAAGGACGACCUGUGUAGGAAUCUAAUCUUGCUACUUGGAACAGACAGAUUGUCGAUCCUCGCUGUAAAUCUUCAAGUAUCGUACUUGCUGUUUGAGUCGCAACGAGAACACCUAAAAUUUCAACUGGAGCAUUAUGUAACUAAAUUAAUGGAAAUAGUUGUCUCUGAGUCUAAUAGAAUAUCAUACGAACAACGGGAAUUGGCGCUUGAGGCUAUAGUAAGAUUGUGGAGAAUACCCGGCCUGCCCGCUGAAUUAUAUUUAAAUUACGAUUGCGGACUUUAUUCCACGAACUUGUACGAGGAACUUAUGAAAAUGUUUUCGAAGAAUGUUUCUCUACCGAUGACCACUGGUAUGCAUACCAUGCAACUGAUCUCCUUGGAAGCCAUAAUGAUGCUGAUCAUCGGCAUGGAGAUUCGCUGCAAAGGUUGCAAGGAAUUGUGCAAACCGUCGCGUCACGAGGCGUCGUCACAUCUGCCCACGCGUGAAGACUUGCUCGCUAUAAAAGCGAACAAGCGGUGGUUGGUUCUCGGCACGGAAAAGUUCAACGAGAAUCCGCGGGAGGGUAUCGCGAAACUUGCGGAGCACGGUCUGCUGGGCGGUACUCCAGGCCACGCGGAUCCUGAAAAAAUCGCAAAGCUUCUAAGAGAGAAUCCUGGUUUAGAUAAGAAAGCGAUCGGCGAAUACAUCAGCAAGAAGGACAACACGAACAUACUCAAUUAUUUCGUGCUUCGUAAUUUUGACUUGAAAAAUACUCGAAUCGAUAAGGCAUUGCGACUUUAUCUGGAAUCGUUCAGGCUACCCGGGGAAGCCCCUCUGAUAUCUCACGUACUCGAGAAAUUUGCCGAGCAUUGGCAUGAUAGCAAUGGUAGACCGUUUGCUUCGGCCGAUGCCGCCUUUACAUUAGCUUAUGCGGUCAUCAUGUUAAAUGUCGAUCAGCACAAUUAUAAUGUAAAGAGGCAAAAUAAUCCGAUGACUGUCGAUGACUUUAAGAAGAAUUUGAACAAAGUUAACGGCGGCGCCGAUUUUGAUCAAGAUAUGCUCGACGAGAUAUAUACCUCAAUAAAAGGGGAAGAAAUCGUAAUGCCGGCCGAACAAACUGGGAUAGUAAAAGAAAAUUAUUUAUGGAAGGUUCUACUGAGAAGAGGCUCCGGGCUUGAAAGUAUGUACUUGAAAGUAGGCAAUUCUGGCGAAUUUAUCGAUAAAGAUCUGGCCGAGCACGCGUGGGGUCCCAUUGUGAGUGCUCUUUGUCGAGCUUACGAUAAAGCGCCGGACAGAUCGUUGCAGCGCAAAGUCGCUCAAACAUUCCUUAGUUGCGCGGCGAUCAGUGCCUAUCACAGCAUGUGCAGCGACUUGGACACGCUCAUAGUGAGCCUCUGCAAGUUCACGGGCCUGAUAAUCGGCGGGAAGUCCGAGCAAGUGGUUUUACAUCUCGGCGGAAGCUCAAAGUCCCAAAUGGCUGCUCGCACUCUCUUCAAGAUCACGCAUUUACACGGGGACGCUCUGAGAGCGUCUUGGAAGAACAUCAUCGAUUGUCUGCAGUCGCUGUACGAGGCAAGAUUGUUACCGAAAAAUCUCACGGAGGCGGAGGACUUCAUCGACCCGUCCGGCAAAAUAUCUCUACUCCGGGAACCGACCACGCCCAAGGCUUCCCCGGGUGAUCAAGGCAUACUUUCCACCUUUUAUUCCUACAUCGCUAUGGACACGUCGCGUCUGCCACAUCCCGCUGAGGCGACCGCGCGAAAGAAGGCCGUAGAGUUCAUUGCCAAUUGUUAUCUCAAAGAAAUCAUAGACGAAAGCAAAUUCUUUCAGAGUGAAUCGCUCAAUUCUCUCGUUGGUGCUUUGGUAUCGGUGAAUCCUAACGACGAGGAUAUAUCUAUAUUUCUACUGGAGCUACUGCUAGAAGUGACUAUACAGAAUCGUGACAGAGUAACAUGCAUCUGGCCCGUAGUCCAGAGUCACCUGGAUCGGCUGUUAACGGUGGCGGCACGCGAGAACCAUCCUUAUUUGCUCGAGAGAGUUGCCGUGGGCAUGCUGAGAUUGGCUAUCAGGCUUUUACGCGGAGAAGAGUUUGCGUGUCUGUCUCCUCUACUGCCUCUGACCCACUUGCCGUCCGCGACGACCGCGCCGUUGGCACGACAAAUCGCCUACGGUCUGUUCGAACUACUGAAAACGGGCGCCGCAAACAUCCAUAGCGCGGAAGAUUGGAAGGUGGUAUUUAGCCUGCUGGAGUGCGCGGGUGCCGGCGCAUUGGCGCCCAAGCGGUCCAACACGGUCCUAGACGAAACAUCGAACGCCCGCGCGUCGGUCCUGGAUCCCAGGCCUAUCAGUCCGGUGCCGGAAUGGGUGUUAGUCUCGCCGACCGGUACCGAGGCACCGCUACCGGUAGCCGCUGACACGAUAGUGCUGGCGCGCGAUCUACAGCUGCACGACUCGGCGGCGUUCGUCAAAUGCUGCGAGAGUCUGAACUUCCUGGUGCGCGAUAUGGCGCAUGUAACACCGUUCAAUUUCGAUCUGUGCGUCAAUUGCGUGAGAACGUUUGCUGAGGCGGUGCUGCAAUGCGCGGGCAAACGAAACAGAGUAUGCAACUCCACGGAGGAGUCGGCUGGCUAUCAACAGUGCCCGGGGCAACUACUGGAGCUGAUGCACACGCUGCACACGAGAAUCGCGCAGGUGUUCCGAUGGUGGGCGGAGGAAGGUAGCAUCGACGACGGUAUAUCCCUGUGGCCGCAAGCCUGGCGACCGCUGCUGCAGGGUAUCGCGCGACUCUGUUGCGACGCCCGCAGACCGGUGCGCACGGCAGCGAUCACGUAUCUUCAAAGCACCUUGCUGGCGCAUGACUUGGCGCAGCUGACCGCGAUAGAGUGGUCGCAGUGUCUGGAGGAGGUGCUGUUCCCGCUGCUGGCGCAAUUGCUGGGUCCGAUCGCGUCCAACGAUCCGAUCGGCGUCGAGGAAACGAGGGUCAGGGCCGCGAUGUUACUCUCCAAGGUAUUUCUUCAUCAUCUGACUCCGCUGCUAACUCUACCCGGUUUCCUGCCGCUGUGGUUAACCGUGCUGGAGCUUCUGCGCGCGUACAUGCACGCCGACAACAGCGAGCUCCUGUUCGAGGCGAUUCCCGAAUCGCUGAAAAAUAUGCUGCUGGUGAUGUCGUCGGCCAACGUUCUGGCGCCGAGUUCCAAUCUCUGGGCGCCCACGUGGAGGGCGAUCGAUGCGUUUCUGCCGAACUUGAAAGCGGAGCUCUUCCCGGAGCCGCCCGUCGCGGUACUGCCGCCGCCGCAACCGCCGCCGCAGCCGCAAGUCAUCAGCUUGGUCGGCCAGCAGCAGCCGCUGUCUUUUUCGGGAUCUAUAGCGCCGCAACCGGAAAGUAUUUCCCCUUCGGCUGACGUCGAGUGCUCCAACGAGAGUAACGCAGAUACGAAGACAGUGACGCAGCCGGUGGACAUUCUGAACUCUGCGCAGUCUAGCGGGGUUCCGGUUCCAGUACCGUUACCGACGUUGAUGUACAAUACCGAGGGUAAGGAGACGCAGCAAGUGAUCACCCUGGUUAGCCAGCCGGCGCCCAGCGUAUCCAGUCCUGUCGCGGUGCAACCAACGGCUCAGAGUUUCUUCGACAUUUGCUACUCGGCGAACCCCUUGACCGAAAAGAUGGACGAACGACAGCAGCAUCAACAGGAGCAGCAACAGCAACAGUUGGUGCCGCCAGGCGAGGAGGAGCACGACAAGUUGACGAAGAACGUGACGCAAAAUGCUGGUUCGACAGACGAGAAUCGCGAUCUGAUACUCGCGAUGAGAAAAUACGAGGAGUGGAAGCAGCAGCAGGAGCAGCAAGUGCAGCAACAGAUGCUGAUGCAGCAACAGUGUACGCAGCAUGUGCAGUCGGCGCAGCAGUAUCAGCAUCCGGCGACGGAAAAUUCCCCGUACCGCGUGGAUCCAUCUGAGACGAUGACAGUAGAUUCCACGGGGGCGACGACGUUUAACUCCGCGGCGUAUUUUAACGAGGAUCCGGCGGCGGAUCUCCUCUUCGUCGUCACUAAUCCUUGACCACUGUACAUUUCCUAUGUAUAAAUUGUAUUAUAUAAAACAUUUCUACAUCUGCGUGAUCGUGUUCCGUGUAGAACACUAACGUGAGUGAUUGAUCAUAGGACAGAGGAGAAUGAACGUAGCCGCAGAAUCGUUGUAUCUUUGGUUUGUAUAUUUGGAAAGCACUCGUUAUAUACAAAUUAUAUACAUAUAUAUAUAUGUAAUAAUAUAUAUAUAUAUGUACUAUAUAUAUAUAUGCAUGCAUUAUUGUUAAGAUUAUCGUACGUCGUAUAAUCUUAGCAAUAAUAGCGACGAUACAGCUCUCGGCACCACUCCUAACACUCGAUAUGUCGUAUUUCAAUUUUUGAAUUCUUUUUGCAUUACGGACGAGAGGAGCUCUUCGCGAACAAGCCAAAUGCGUACGCCAAAUCAUUUUGAAGAAAAAAAAAAACGACCGAUCAGUUCCUUAUCAUUGAUAUUUUAUGGUGUUGCAUGUGUUUUACGUAGAAAUGGUGCGCAAUAUCGAUCCAUACAAAUUCCCCUUAAGCAUUUACAAAUUCUACUACUACACAGGUAAGAAUUCUUCUCUCAUGUCUGCAUGAAUACAUAUGUUAGACACGUACAUGUGCAAUACGAUUCGUAGAGAGUGCCGAAUUAAUAAUUGACAAUGAUUUCGCUAAACAAGUAUCAAGGAAACCGUUGCGAUUUCGCUGAGCUCAAUUUGAGUUGUAAAAAUAUUCGGAAGUUGAUCUUGCCAGAUGUCGUGUUCCCGUAUCACGAAACAGAGACGGGUAAAAGAAAAAUCAGUAAAAGACAUCCUGUAUGUGUGCGUUUGUUAACGUCGAUAGCUAAACUCUCUCUACGAAAUUACAUUGGUUUUAUAGCCGCUAUUUGUAACUUAUACUUUUAACGCAAUUCGAAUGUUUCUUCAUUCGCUCAGUAUCGUAAAAACCAAUCUGUACAUAUGCAAAUAUAAUGAAUAAGAAGAGA